CUUGAACUUACAACGAACCGCUUUCUAGACUCAUUCCAUUUGGAGCCGAUAGUGAGGGUGCCUCGGCAUGUCUGGAACUUUUCACAGCUUCACGUAGGAAAUGCUUCAUCAUCGUGAGUUGAGAGAGUUCUGUUGAAGUUGUCGCCGACUGGCUCCAGGCCUUAAAAGGGGCCUCUUCUGCUGACAGGAAUGAACUUUUCCCACCUCAUCACCACAGUCUCUCAUUCCUUGAACACACAAUCAUUUGAAUCUGACCAUCCUACAAUCUUUCAACAUGCGCUUCUCUGCAUCCAUCUUCACCGCCGUGGCCUUGGCCUCUGUGGCCAUGGCUCUUCCCACCGACGUUCAAACCGUCGACUUGGCUGAGCGUGACUUCGUUGUGGAAACGCGUGAUCUCUCCAGUCCCUCGUCUUCCGACGAGCUUCUCACUCGCGCUGCCUCCGACGAGACUGCCGUUGAGAUCCUUGAACGAAGCGACUCGGACAAGGAAGUGGCUCCCAACACCGAGCUGGCCGUCCGCCAGCUUCCCCCCUCCAAGCGCAAGAACCUCUUCACCAUCACCCUCAAAGGUGGCAACGUCAUCUUCAACGGCGCCAUCAAGUUCAUCCUCGAGGCCGUCGUCGAUACCACCAGCAAAGUCACCACGUUUCACCUCAACCCUUUGGUCGGUGGAAGCCCUGGAUCAACCGCUUCCAUGCGCAGCUACGAGUUCAAGAAGAACUUCUUCGAGUCUACCAUCAACCGCGUCUCGGCUGAGGUGUCCUUUACUUACAGGACCGCAUCUGGUGUCAUCUACAACUUCCUUGCCAACGUUGUCUACGGAAUCGACUCUCGCCUUAGUCUCAAGCUUGAGGAUGUUCAGCUCUUUGACAUUGAGAAGGCUACUCAGCAGAUUGCUGGCAAAGCGGCCACCAACCUGUUCCUUGGUUCUUACGAUGAUGACUACAAGGACUUGUAGAUGAAAAGUCCACAAGAACUUGGAAUCGAGGUCUCCUGUCAGUGAUGCCGUGUCUUGUCAAAGAAACUUUGUUCCUCUACUCCAAGCCACCGGCAAAAGUAUUUAAGGGACGGCUCAAUAUGUUACAUCAAGGCUAACAGCCUCCUAUGGAUCGACAUCUGUCUCAACCAAUAGUCUCUCGAUCUCUUGUUAAGUUACGAACCGAUAUUGGGCGAUUGAUAGAUAUAUGGAUAGCUUUCAAUAGAUUCUCUAUGUCCGACUUACUUAAGAGAACUGAGAUGCCUUGACCAAUAGCUGAACCUUCGAGUGUGGAGUCUUGAGGUUGUAGGGUGUGAUGACACCGUCUCUUUCGAAUCCGAAGACCGAGACGCCCAGACUUCUCAUCCUAUUCAGUCUUGCGUUUAAUUAUGCCAGCAGUAUCACGAAGCCUGGCGCCUGCGUUGCGUGAGGAGUAUGAGCGGUC